AUGACGGCGAACAACCGCACCGGACAAUGCAACUGGUUCACUGAAGAGAACCGAACUGAGCCGCACCUGGACGCUGACAGCUGCCUUUUUCUAUCCGUACUGCCAUAUGGACAAGCAAUCCCAGCUCUCAUAUGUGUUUUUGUGUUGCUGACUCUCAUUUCGUUUCUGAUUAACGGGUUGACUCUGUUCAGCCUCGGGCGUUCGGAUGAUCUCUCCUGGGAGCCGCGUUCCACUCUCCUUAAAAACCUCAUAUUAAGCGACCUUGUGCAGUCUUUCACCUUCGGUCCUGCUGUCAUCCGUUCACUAGUCCAACGCCGGACGAUGGCGUUCAGCACCUGGUGUCACUUUCAGUACUUUGUAGGGACCGCCAGCAUCUUCUCCAGCCUCGUCACCAUCACUUUCAUGGCACUAGAGCGCUACCUGUACGUGUGCCACGCCAUCCACUACUUGGUCAUCCUCACUCCUGUGCGCUUGCGGUUAGUCUUGAGCCUCAUUUGGGUUUACGCCAUCUCGAUCGGCUGCGCCAACAUAGUGUUUCUGCACAGCACAGGGGAGGAACAUAAUGAUCAUUUCACCAGGGGGCUACUGUGCGAACCGGACACGAUGGAGCAGCACAUGGGUUUCCCCCGCGCCUCUGCUGUCUAUCGGAAAAUCAUGGGUACCUUUACUCUGCUGCUGUGCCUUCUGGUUUAUGCCUUCUCUUACAUGAGGAUGUACCAGGUCGCGCGUAACGCAGUGAUGCCGUUCAACGCAGUCAACAACACAGCGCGUAAAACUGUGAUUUUCUACUGUGGCAUGCUGUUCCUGCAGUUACUGCCGGUGCUGCUCAAAGCAACCUCAGACGUACUAUGGGAAGUCGAGGGGACCGUGGCUAUGGUGGCACCGUCCUCUCAAACUCAAGGCGUCCGCAAGGGGAAUGAGAUCCUCUCGGUAACGGCCGCCACGCUCCAUAUGUCCCUGCUGGUGAUGCUUAUAGUGCCACCGUGCAUCAACCCGCUUGUGUACGGGCUGAGGAACGCGGAGAUGAGAAUGGCGCUGCUCAAAUUGUUCCGGAGAUGGACUGAGAAUAUGAACGAGGGUGCGCAAAGAGUGGAGUGGAUAAGAGUUGGAAACAUCGUGCGUCAAAACCGAGAUCAAGCGGGUUAG